UUUUCAGUAGAAAUGGAAUAUCAGAUAUGAAAAUUUCCACAAUGUUUUGCUGCUCAUCGAACUCAGCUCAUGAUAAACUCCAGCCUUACCAGCUGCGCGCUCUCUACGUAAGACAAAUUGCUCGGCUCUCUCAAAAAGGAAUAUUUGGACAAGCGAUAAAUGUAUUUAAAGAGAUUUCAAAAAAUAUCGGGGUAAGUUCAAAGACUAAAAGGCUCUGUAAUCUGGCCGUCUCGGAUCUCCUGAGUGCUAAUGAAUUCCUUGUUGAUCGAGACGCACAUCGGUACUUACAAAGACUUCAGGAGGCACUUCGCUAUAGAAAUGAGCGCCAAAUCGGCCAGUUAUGCAAACUGCUCCUCAAACAUUUUGACUUUGACCCAACAAGUGACGUCAUGGAUGACCUUGAAAAGGCCAACAAAGAAACAUUAUCGAAAUCAGACUUGUCCGUCAUCAGCAUAUAUGGCUUGGACUUGUCAAAGAGGAAAAACAUGAAGAAGCUCACGGAACUUUUGUGCAGAUGUCCUAAGAUUAAGAAGAUAGAGCUGGUAUUCUGCUCGCUAGACAAUGUUAAUGCUUUUAAGCUGAUCGACGUGACUAUGACACUGAAAUCUCUCUAUUUCAUCGGUUUACGUGGCAAUCAAAUUGAUAUGAAGGCUGUGUUAAAGUUUUUCACUUUGUUAAAAGAUCCAAAUUACUUUCCCAAUCUAUUGUGGGUGGACCUACGAAACAAUGACGGAAUUAUUACUAUUCCUAGCCAGUUUGUUCAGCUCCUUAUGGAGCGAAGAAAAAAACACAUAGCUUCGAAAAACACUGACGAGGAAAAAACAUCUUUUAGUGUUCAAGAUGCCAUGAAUGGAAAAGUAGUCUGAGUUUAAAUUACCUCGAGAAAUUGUCUUUGGUCGUCCAAUAUGAUGUUGUAUUCCUGUAAUGAAAAUAGUUUGUAGAAAGACACUGAAUUAGAUUUAUAACAUAACCAAAGUAAA